AUGCACAACGGCUUGGACGCCGUCCAGCCCGGCGCCUCGGCCGGCGCGCGGAAUUACGUCGAGCAAGAGAGCGACUGCAGCGAUGAAUACCAAGACAACGACAACGGAAAGCGCAAGCGCUACACCUCCGUCUCGUAUGCCCCCCCUCCGUCUCCCCCUCCCCUUCUCUCCCUUUCGCCCUUCCCCCAACGCGGUUCGGCCGUGCGGACGACUUGUUCCCGUCCGUGUUAUCGUCUGCUCACUUUCCCUGCCGCCUCUCCUGCCAUUCCUCUCGUCUGCUCUCUCACCCCGUCUCUCACCCCGUCUCUCACCCCGUCUCUCGCCCCGUCCCUCGCCCCCAUCUCGCGCCCCAUCUCCUCGUCUCCCAAUUCAUCCGCAUUCUUCCCCUCACCUUUCACCUCGCCUCCCAUGCUCCACACCGUCAAAUGCGACCGCGGCCAGCCCUCGUGCGGUUGGUGCACCCGCAACGGCGUCUCGUGCGAGUACAAGGAGCGCAAGAGGCCUGGCCUCCGCGCGGGAUUCGGCAAGGAGCUGCAGGAUCGCAUGGACAAGCUGGAGGCCAUCCUCAAGUCUCACUCCGAGAUCAUACACGCGUCCAUCGCCUCGAGCCCGCAGGGAAUCCUGCCGACGGGCCUUCGCACGAGCCACUCCAGCCUGCCUAGCGACCUCGGUACGCCCCGAGACAUAUCGACCGUCAGGCAGUCGGAGUCGAUCAGCACCCCUCACGGCGACGCCGCCCUCUACCCUCAAAGACAGCCCACGUCCGAUUUUAGCGCCACCUCGACGCCUGCCCUUCACCAUGACGGCUUCCGGUCCCAGGCCCAGAUGACGAGCGCCUCGCCGUCGAUUCAGCUACCUCCGAUACAGCCCCCCCCCGUGAGUCAGGAACACUUCGGCGCCCCAAAGCCUGAUGUCUUCUCGACGACCAAGAUGGCCGAGGCCGACCAGGACAUGCCCCCGUACGACCUUCUCUACGCCCUCGUCGACCUGUACUUUAAGCAGAUCAACACCUGGUGUCCGAUACUCCAUCGCAAGACGACGCUCCAGACGCUCUUUGGGCCCCUCGCCCUGCAGGAGGAGGAUCGGAUCCUGCUGCACGCCAUCUGCGCCACGACCAUGAGGUACUCGACCGACCCGAGACUCUCGGACGAGCGGAGGCAGCACUACUACCGCGUGUCCAAGGAGCGCGUCCUGCUCUACGGCAUGGAAAACUCGUCGGUCAAGACGCUGCAGGCCCUCGUCAUCCUCGCCCUCGACCGUUGCGGAAGCGGCAACGGCCCCCCCGGGUGGAACAUCAUGGCCCUCAUCUCGAGGGGCGUCGUCCAGCUUGGCCUCGCCGUCGAGAGCGACUCGUUGAGCGUCUCGCCCAAGCACGUGUCCAUCUACACAUUGAGGGUGACCAUCGUUCCCGAAGCCCAGGACUUCAUCGAGGCGGAAUCGCGCAGGAGGUUGUUCUGGAUGAUCUACCUCCUCGACAGGUACGCGACCAUCACGACGGCGUUUGAGUUUGCGUUGCCCGACAAGGAAAUCGAUCGGACGCUGCCUUGCCGCGACGAGCUGUGGCACCAGAACGAGGCCGUCGACACGAAAUGGUUCAAGACGAGGGACCAUCACGGCGAUCCGCCGGCGACGGAGGUGGUGAAGCCACAGAACUUGGGCGCCUUUGCCUACUACAUUGAGGUUUUGGGCAUACUCUCCAAGAUCCACCAGUUCCUGAAGCAACCGGUCGACAUAUCGUCCCUGAGCGACGUGCAGCAGUGGCAACGCCGGUACAAGGAGCUCGACACACUUCUCGAGUCGUGGAAGACGGAGCUGCCCGCCGAGUUCGGCAACAUGGGCAAGAUAUUCCAGGCCGAAGGGAGCAAGACCAUCAGCUGCUGCUGGGUCAUGCUUCACGCCACCUUCCACACGGCCGUCAUCCGGCUGAACUCGUCGGCAGGCUACCCGACGACGCGGUCGUCCAUCUUCACGCCCUCGCUGAGCGCGACGCGCAAGUGUCAGGGCGCCGUCGAGAGCAUCGUCACGCUGGGCGAGUUUGUGGUGGAGAACGGGCUGCUGCCGAAGCUGGGCCCGCCCUUUGCCUUCACCAUCUGGGUCUGCGCCCGCGUCCUGCUCGUUCACGGCUCGACGGUCGAGCACCGGGUGUCGCCGCAGAUCAGCUUCUUCGUCGACACGCUGCGCGAGAUGGGCCGGUACUGGCCCGUGGCGGCGCGAUACUGCGAGCUGCUGCAGAGGGUGCUCGACGAGCACGCCGACAACCAGCGGCGAGGCGGCGACGGCCUGUCCGGCUCGGUCCGGAUCCUCGCCGACAUGCGACGGACCGCCUUCGACCUCGACUAUCUCCUCUCCCGGCAGGCUGGGGGUCACAGGCCAUCCAAUGCCGGCCGUCCGGCGCCCGCGAACCCUGCGCCGGACGACUUUGCCUACUUUGACGUUUUCGACUUUUUCAACUUUCCACGGCUACCGACGGGCCUCGACCCCACUGGCAUGUCGCAAGUAGCGGCCCUCGGUCCCCAGAACGGCAACGCCGGCGCCGGACAGGGCCUGGGAAUGAUCAACAUGCAUAACAUAACCGAUUUUAUGAUUGACAGCUCGACGGAUUGGCUUCACUCGGGGCCGGACGUCCUGGCUUGA